AUGGCUCCAGCGCUCACUACAUUGAAGACAACCGGCAUUGCCGUCGGUAUCGUCGGCGCUCUCGUCACCCUGAUCGUCGCAGCGUACAAGUUUCGGAAGUGGCUGGCAAUUUGGUGCUCCGCGCAGGUCGACCGCAGCUCUCGCAACCGGGCGUCUGACGCCUUCAUCCAGCUGGCUGUGAUUGCCGCGCGCAAUCCCGGCAGCACCGAUUCCCAUUGUGGGUUUGCGCUGAAGACAUUUGGCGAGGUGGCGGUGGAGGAGAGGCCACACACCGGCGACGAGCUCACCCUUCUAUGUAGGGCCGGUGACUAG